GACAGGAACAUAUGAAACGCUGCGUUUUAGAGGUUAUUUGACAUUUUCUCCAGGAAAAGAACGACAGCGUAUAAACAAAGAGGGGAAACAAACGACUGCGACACAGUGAAAUGAGCGGAGCAGUAUCAACGGCGGGGUACCUGGCGCGGCGAGCAGUCCAAAAGGAGAGAGUUAGGAUCCUCUACCGCCGUGCUCUCAAAGACACGCUUAACUGGGCCGUCCAUCGCCACCUCUUUUACAAAGAUGCCGACGACCUUCGCGUUAGGUUCGAAGCCAACAAACACGUGGAGGAUCUUGACACAAUUGAUAGACUGAUAGCUGAUGCUGAAGCAACCUAUAAUAAGUGGCGGCACCCUGAUCCUUAUAUUGUUCCUUGGGCUCCCGGUGGUUCUAAGUUUUGUAGAAAUCCAACUCCGCCUGCUGGGAUUGAGAUAGUAUAUGACUAUGGUAAAGAAGAUAAUGACUAAAUCUUACAAUCAUCCAUGGCAAUAAAUAAAAGGUUGGGAUGAUCCAUGGCUACUCGUUGGACAAUGAUGACGAAAGGCCCGUAUUCUGUUUUUGUUUUUUCAAGUGAAUGGAAAAGUGUAAUUUUAAUAACAUCAAGAGUUUUCGGUUGCCCCCCUUGGUGCAUCUGGUUUUUCUUCAAUUGAUAAGUGUUUGGUGACAAAUGCACAAAUCAUCAUGGACCCUCAAAAUUUGUCUUUUAUGAAAAACAAAUUGCAUCCUUCA